AUGGAGGCUCCGCAGGGCCGGGCGGCCACGCUGGCCGCCGCCUGCCUCAGCUACAGCCGUGGCGGGCCGGGCCGCGCGCUCGCACUGCGCGCCCUCACCGCCGCCAGCGCCCAGGACAUUGACAACGUUGGACGUAAAUAUCAUCUGAAAUUGGUGUUAGAAGACAUCCUGGACAAAGACAACAUUGUUAAUUGCACUGCUGAGGUUCUUUAUCACCUGGGCAAUACAAAUGUUGCUCCAGAUGUUCACUUUGAAAUCGACGGAGAACUUAAGAGCACUGAUGAACAAGAUAACAUGUUCUACAACCAAAUCAGGAGCCUGAAGGAAGAGCUUGUGGCACAGGACAUACCAGACAGCCAUGGCAACGUGCCCCCAGAAAUGGAGCCCAUCAGAGCGUUAGCUCAGGCCGCUGCCGGGUACGUGGUGUGGCAGAACUCCACCGAGGACACUCGGUACCACCUCGCCCAGAUUAAACAUGUGAGGCAAGUGAAAAGGAGUGAUGAUUACCUUGAGUUUGACUACAUGGUUCUCCUUCAUGAAUUCGUGUCCCAGAAAAUACCUCCUUGCUUUCUCCAGCACACCCUUUGCUUUCUACCUACAGGAGAUUGGCAAAUGACAGUUCUCUGGCACCCACAGCAUGGAGUUAAAGUAACACAGAACAGCCGUCAGCCAAAACGGGCAGAGCGCUAA